AUUGACGUUUUCUUAAGACGUCAAACGGGCGCAUCGCGAAAGAAUAAAAAGCAAUUUUAUUGCGUAAAUUCAGUUCCAAGCAAAAUGACUUCUGUCGCGCGGGCUGGGCACUUGGCUCCAUACUUUAAAGCCACUUCAAGUGUAGUGUCAAAUGGCCUGAAACCGCUCGUUGUGGCACCAAUUCCUGUCGACAAAUUGGUGUCGCAACCCCUUCCCAAGACUUCCACCGUGCAGUCUUUACAGGGAGCUUUACCUGUCCAGAACUUGAAGAUCAAACAUGGACCUCGUAUGACUCAAGUACGUUUUGCGCACACCGAUAUUGCGUAUCCCGAUUUUUCUGCAUACCGACGCAAGGACACACUAGACCCAACGUCCAAGGCUACCGAAAAUGUUGAUGGACGCCAAUCGUUCACUUACCUUAUUGCUGGAGCGGGUAGUGUUGCUGGAGCUUAUGCAGCCAAGUCGGUUGUCACACAGUUUGUAUCGUCCAUGGCAGCUGCAGCUGAUGUUCUUGCGUUAGCUAAAAUUGAAAUUAAACUGGCCGAGAUCCCGGAAGGAAAGUCAGUUACUUUUAAGUGGCGUGGUAAGCCACUCUUCAUUCGUCACAGGACUGCCAAUGAAAUAGCAACGGAGAAGUCAGUGCCUGUUGACCAGCUCCGUGAUCCACAACACGAUGAUAUCCGUACUCAAGACCCCAAGUGGUUAGUUGUUAUUGGAGUAUGCACUCAUCUUGGCUGUGUACCUGUGGCCAACUCUGGUGACUUCGGAGGCUAUUAUUGCCCAUGUCACGGCUCUCAUUACGAUGCUUCUGGAAGAAUCCGCAAAGGCCCAGCUCCAUUAAACCUUGAAGUACCGCCAUACUCAUUUCUUGAAGAUGGACUCCUUGUUGUAGGAUAAGCGAAACUUAGUUUCUAUUAUUUAUUAGAAAAUUUAUUUAUCGCUAAGACAUUCAUGUAACAGCAAUAGAAAUCAAUCCAAUACCAAUAAAUGUGAUUUAAUUAU